GCGCGGCCCCGCCUCCCCGCAUGCUCAGUGGCGGCUCCGGGUCGGUUUCCGGGCGCUGCUGGGGCCGCUCCUCCCUUUCUGCUCGCGGGCGGCCAUCAUGGUGUUCAAACGCUUCGUCGAGAUUGGCAGAGUUGCCUUCAUUUCCUUUGGGCCGCAUGCUGGCAAACUGGUGGCCAUUGUGGAUGUUAUUGACCAAAACAGGGCACUGGUUGAUGGCCCCUGCAGUGGUGUCAGGAGACAGGCUAUGCCCUUCAAGUGCAUGCAGCUGACUGACUUUGUUCUCAAGUUCCCACACAGUGCUCGUCAGAAGUGUGUGCGACGUGCCUGGGAGAAGGAAAACAUAAAUGAAAAAUGGGCAGCAACAAGAUGGGCAAAGAAGAUCGAAGCCCGAGAAAAGAAAGCCAAAAUGACCGACUUCGAUCGCUACAAGGUUAUGAAAGCAAAGAAAAUGAGAAAUAGGAUCAUCAAGCAUGAAAUGAAGAAGCUCCAGAAGUUGGCUUCUCAAAAGGGCAAGAAGCCAGAGAAGGCGCCAAAGCCAGAGAAGGUGCCAAAAGCAGAAAAGGCGCCAAAGCCACAGAAGGCACAGAAGCAGGAGAAGGCGCAGAAGGCACAGAAAUAAAAUGAACUUCUAGUUGUGUAUGACUUUGUGUCUUCCGAUUCUUUAAAAUUAACAAAUGGUUUAACAUCUGUUUUUAAAUUGUAAUAAGUUCAGUUUUGCUUCUGACCAAGAA